UAUACCCCACUCCCUCUGCUGUUCUGGUCCUGCUCUUUUGAAAAGCUAAUUGUGUACUCUGUCUCCAGCUCACCUGAACAGAGACCUGCGCAGAAAGAUUUUGUCCUGAUGGCUGACUUAAAACCACUCUCCUCCCUUGAUGGGGACCCCGUGGCCACAGAAGCCCUGCUAUGGGAUGUGUUUAGGAUCAUUGUGGAUGAGGCCAUUCGGAAAGGGACCAGCGCCUGUGAGAAGGUCUGUGAGUGGAAGGAGCCAGAGGAGCUAAAACAGCUGCUGGAUUUGGAGCUGCGGAGCCAGGGGGAGUCGCAGGAGCAGAUCUUGGAGCGGUGCCGGACUGUGAUUCAUUACAGCGUGAAGACCUGUCACCCUCGGUUCUUCAACCAGCUGUUUUCAGGGUUGGAUCCCCACUCUCUUGCUGGACGGAUUAUCACUGAGAGCCUCAACACCAGCCAGUACACAUAUGAAAUUGCUCCCGUGUUUGUACUCAUGGAAGAGGAGGUGCUGAGGAAACUCCGGGCCCUGGUGGGAUGGAGCUCUGGGGAUGGGGUCUUCUGCCCUGGUGGCUCCAUCUCCAACAUAUAUGCUGUGAACCUGGCCCGCUAUCAGCGCUACCCAGAUUGCAAGCAGAGGGGCCUCCGGGCACUGCCACCCCUGGCCCUCUUCACGUCGAAGGAGUGUCACUACUCCAUCAAGAAGGGAGCUGCUUUUCUGGGACUUGGCACUGACAGUGUCCGAGUGGUCAAGGUGGAUGAGAGAGGGAAAAUGAUCCCUGAGGAUCUGGAGAGGCAGAUCAGCCUGGCCGAAGCUGAGGGUGCCGUGCCAUUCUUGGUCAGUGCCACCUCUGGAACCACCGUGCUGGGGGCCUUUGACCCCCUAGAGGCAAUUGCUGAUGUGUGCCAGCGUCACGGGCUGUGGCUGCACGUGGAUGCCGCCUGGGGUGGGAGUGUCCUGCUGUCACAGACACACAAGCGUCUCCUGGCUGGAAUCCAGAGGGCUAACUCUGUGGCCUGGAAUCCCCACAAGCUCCUCACAGCAGGCCUGCAGUGCUCAGCUCUUCUUCUCCAAGAUACUUCGAACCUGCUUAAGCGCUGCCAUGGGUCCCAGGCCAGCUACCUGUUCCAGCAGGACAAGUUCUACGAUGUGGCUCUGGACACGGGAGACAAGGUGGUGCAGUGUGGCCGCCGCGUGGACUGUCUGAAGCUGUGGCUCAUGUGGAAGGCACAGGGCGGGCUGGGGCUGGAGCAGCGUGUUGACCGGGCCUUUGCCCUUGCUCGGUACCUGGUGGAGGAAAUAAAGAAGAGGGAAGGAUUUGAGUUGGUCAUGGAGCCUGAGUUUAUCAACGUGUGUUUCUGGUUCGUGCCCCCCAGCCUGCGGGGGAAACAGGAGAGCCCUGAUUACAGUGAAAAGCUGGCUAAGGUGGCCCCAGUGCUUAAGGAACGCAUGGUGAAGAAGGGCUCCAUGAUGAUUGGCUACCAGCCCCAUGGGGCCCGGGCCAACUUCUUCCGCAUGAUUGUGGCCAACCCCAUGCUGACCAAAGCCGAUAUGGACUUCCUCCUGGAUGAGCUGGAACGGCUAGGCCAGGACCUGUGAGCCUCUCCCUUCUCCUGCUGGCCUUAAUACCACCCCUCACCGAGUCUCUCUCUGUAUUCCCUUCCUGUGUUCUCAAAAACAACUUUUCCUUUCUGGAAAGCAAAGUGGCCCUAACAAUGUUGGUAUGCAUUAAUCCGCUAAGUCCUCUACUAAAUAUUCGAUAUUGUUAUUGUUAGUUGCCAUUGAGGUGAUUCUGACUCAUGGCUACCCCAUGUAUAUAGAGUAGAACUGCUCCAUAGGGUUUUCAAAGUAACAGAGAAUAUAUAUUUAAAAAAAAACCAUAGUAUAUCCAUAUGAUAAAACAUUAUUCUGCACUUAAAAUUAAUGUUUAUAAAGAGGAUUUUUAUUGAUUGAGGAAAAAAAUGCCUUUAAUAUAAUGUUGAGAAAGCUAGAUAUAAGAUUUUAUAUACAGUAAUAUCUGAACUGUGUUCGAAAACAUAGGAUGGGGACGUCUAGGUCAAUUGGCAUCACAUAGCUUAUAAAGUCAAUGUUCUACAUCCUACUUUGGUGAGUAGUGUCUAGGGUAUUAAAACUUAAGAGUAGCCAUCUAAUAUACAACUAUUGG